GAAACACUGGCCUAGAGAGUGAUUAUCCUGGACUUGUCACUUCGUCCUUCUUCUAAGUUCUAGUUACUUCUAGUCAAAUAUAACCAACGGAUAUGAUAGGGACCGGAUUAAAUGUAGUUUGAAAGGACAGACCUGUAAAUCCAGGGCUGGUGGAUUUGGGAUAACGCCGUAGCCGUUAUCUUAAAACGUGCAGUCCAUUUUUUUUAUUUGAACUUAUCAUCCGUUGGUCACAUCGACUGAUAAGGAGUCUGUCAGUGUGGUCGCUCGCCGCCUCCGGGCCCGGCCGCCUUCGAUCCGUUCAACACAGAAACGAGAAGAAAAUGGGGCCGAUGAUUUAACGGAUGGAAUGAUGACACUUCCGGCCAACUCGCAGAAUGGCAAUCAUCAACCGAAUAACUCAGCGCUGGAUGUCAGGUCGAGCAGCCCAAAUGUCAGUCCUCAGUCCAGUCCUUCACUCCAGACAAAGAGCCCUCACCACAAGCGAGAAUCAUCAGUAUCAAGUUCCAGAGAAUCUGUCCCUGACAAGAGUGACGGAAACAACAAGUCUGCAUCCGACCAUGGUUCUGGUGGCGAGUUAAGCAGGAGCAACAGCCAAGACCCUGUCAGGGAGAGCAGAGAUAGAAAGUUGCAAGACAGAACCAAAAAGAAAGCGCCCUGGUACAGUGCUCUCUACCCCACUUACAAGUCAAGGAGCGAUGACUUUAAACGCUUAUUCAAAGAAGUGCCUGCUGAUGAACGACUAGUAGUCGACUAUUCAUGCGCCAUUCAGAAAGAUAUUUUAGUCCACGGCCGCCUUUACGUUUCCCAGAACUAUCUCAGCUUUUAUGCUAACAUAUUACGUUGGGAGACUCAAGUCUGUUUGAGAUGGAAAGAUGUUACGUCACUGACCAAAGAGAAAACGGCUCGCGUGAUACCGAAUGCUAUCCUUGUUCAUACCCAUAAUGAUAAACACUUUUUGACUAGCUUUACAGCGCGCGAUAAAACCUAUUUGAUGCUGUUUAGAGUUUGGCAGAAUGCACUCAUGGAUCAGCAAAUGUCAACACAAGAGAUGUGGCAAUGGGUCCACCUCUGUUACGGCGAUGAGCUGGGCCUGACAAGUGAUGAUGAUGACUACGUUGCGCCCACUGCCCCAGAAGACAAACGACCACUGAUGAUCAAGGCAGAUCAAAAUUUGUUAGACUCUUAUUUAGAGGAGGGUUUUACAGUGAUGAACAUGGAAAAAGACCAAGUGUCUCUCCCUUCAAAUUCUUCUUCUCCUAACUUGGAGCAUUUGCAACAGCUCGAAUCGACUCCAUCUAUGACACAACCCUUUGAUGACAGUAAUCCGCCAGACAGUAAACAACAAACCGAUGAUGCAAGCUUGCCUUUAAGUAGCAACACAAAAGAGCUGUUACUCCCGAAGAAUGGGUCUAGCCCAAAAUCGAGAAAAAAAACCUUUUUCCGCUCAGUAUCCCUCCAGCCCAAAUUGGCAUGUACGGUUUCACCGCUGUUGCCGGACGAGUCUAGAGGUAGAAGCAAGCCAGUCACACCCACAUCUUUAAAUGAGGCUCUUUUUUUGAAGGACGGGCCCACGUUAACGGCAGAGGAGAAAAAGAGCUCCCUUGAGACUGGUGACCUUUCGCUUCCGCCACCUAAUCAGCCUCCCACACCAGGGUCACCCUCCGACCAUCUACCAACCGAUCUCAGCGACAGCUCACCGAGUGAAUCUGAAUCUGAAAAACAUGGAAGUGCAAUCACCUGCCCAGUUAUACACGAAGGGAAGCUCAUGCUUCACAUGCAAAUCUCCAUUCACGUUGACCAGCUAUUUGCGCAUUUGUUCACCAAUUCUAAAUUCUUCUUUGACCUUCAUGAAAACAUAAAGUCGACGGACAUCAGACAAUCAGGAUGGGUUACAAAUCCUUCCACAAACCAAAAAGGGCGGACUGUCAAUCUGACCGUUCAGCUCGGCCAGGCGAUCGGGCCCAAACAUGCUCAAGUCACCGAAUCUCAGAAAAUGUUACCUUGUAGUAAGCCAGGAGAGAGGUAUGUUAUCGAAAUUGAAGCAAGCAAUGCAGGGAUACCGUAUGCAGAUGCUUUCUUCAUAGUCAGUCAUUAUUGCUUAACAAGAGGUGCAGACCCUGGUACAUCGAACAUCGCAGUGUACUGCCAGAUUAAAUAUCGGAAAUCAGUCUGGAUGCUCGCAAAAAGCUACAUAGAGAAAAAUUGUUGGUCUGGCAUGGAGGAAUAUUACAAUAACCUUGUGAAAGCGCUAGAAGCCGAGUGCGAGAGGACGAGGCGCGCGAUGGCCGCUGGUGUUGCUGGGACCAAAAGGAAGGUAGGCAGGCGGAGGAGGACUUCGGCUCUGAAACCUCUACCCCUUCCAUCGCCUGUGAUCGAAGACAAGCCGUACAUCCAAGCGCUCCCCAUCCCAGCGAAGAGCCACAGCUCGAGUACAAUGGAUUCAUUCAUCUGGAUAGUGUUCUUUACCUUGUUCGUACUCUUAGUGUUAAACGCAGCCUUGUAUUAUAAACUGUGGGGGCUUGAACAGAGUGAAAGGAAUUUGUCAGAUGCCGCAGGCGAGCUCAACUUGGAUUCAUUGAGGCAUGCGCCUCAGACACAAGAAGAAUGGCAAAACCUUCUUAAACGUCAGGAGCAGCUGCAUUCGUUCGAAGUCGAAAGGUGGCUUAGAAUACUGAAAGCCUCGGUGCACCUUUUGCAGCAGGUUGAAAAAUCCCUGAAUGUACUACAGUCUAGCAUACAAGGAGCCAUAGAUGAUGGGAUGCUCGCCGCAGAUGGUAAGCCACAACACGAAAGCCUGCCUUCAGAUGAGUUGUAGUCACUCUCCUGUUUUUAAUAUUUUAUGCAACACCAAGCAUUUGUCUUGUAUAAACUAGCCAUUUGAAAUUUUACAAUAGUACGGAAAAAAUAUUGAUCCCGUUAUUUGUCAAAUCAACUUAAACUUGAUCAUGAAUACCUUUUAAAUUUAUGUUUAAACUUAUAAAGUGUGUAAAUUUUCAAUUAUAUCAAAUAGGGAUAUAUAAAUUUAAAAACAAAAGUCAUAGUGUUUAAGGUAUGUGUGCAAUAUUUUCAGUUUUCUUUUAAUAUUUUAACUGUUUUUCCUUAAGGGUUAAAAAGUAGUUUUCAGUAGCUGAAAACCAAAUUUUUCAGGAAAGGUUCUUUUUCCUUAUUCUUGAGAUAAUUUAAAAGUGAAUAAAUGCACAUAUUAGGUGAUAUUGUUGUGAUACUGCCAAAGCUUAAUUAAAAUUAAUCCUAGAAAGAAUUUGACAGUUGUGGAUAACGGAUGAAAUUUUAAGAAAUUAUUGUAUAUUUCCCUUUGUGAGAUGUGAUGAAAUUAGAUGCCUUUCAUAGGCUCAUAAAAAAGUUAAUCAUAGUAUUUGAACUAUUAUUAAUUGUUUGUGUUUAUAUCGGUUAAUGGGAACUUGGUUUCUUACAAAUAUUUGCACAUAUGCACAUUGUUUAAUACGAAUAAAAAAUUUAAAAAAAAAGCAAAUAAAAAAAAA